ACGGUCGUGAUCAGCUGGUCGGCUGGUCGGGGAGUCCGAGAUUGGCAGUGCAACCCAAACCAGCAGACUUUCACUCGAGGACGAACCGGGGGGAAAAAAAGGAACCUGAUAAAAUCCCUGAUUUGGGCCAGACGGCAGAGCAGACGGUUCUCGUGCGACAGCGAGCGUUAAAGGUCCGUUUUUCCCCAAUUCGAAGGCCGAGCCGUUCUUACCUUACGACGAAACUCGACCUGACGACGCUUUGAGAAAUGGCAGCGAGCAGGACCGUCUUUUCUAAAUUUGUUGUUAAGAACUUGAGUGGGAUUCGUUCAAACUCACUUUACGCCGAGACGAGGAAAAAUUUACUGCUGACUAAAGAAACAAAAGUUAUCUGCCAGGGAUUCACUGGGAAACAGGGCACUUUCCACAGUCAGCAAGCGAUCGAGUAUGGUACGAAACUCGUCGGCGGCGUCUCUCCCGGCAAGGGAGGAAAGAAACAUUUGGACCUCCCCGUUUUCAACUUUGUAAAAGAGGCUAAAGAAGCGACAGGGGCUGAUGCCACUGUCAUAUACGUCCCUCCUCCUGGAGCGGCCAAGGCCAUAUUCGAGGCCCUUGACGCCGAAAUGCCGUUAAUUGUCUGCAUCACGGAAGGCAUCCCGCAACAAGACAUGGUCAGGGUAAAACACCGUCUCAUCCGUCAGAACAAAUCGAGACUUAUUGGGCCCAAUUGUCCCGGAAUCAUCGCACCAGAAUUGUGCAAAAUAGGUAUCAUGCCAGGUCACAUCCAUAAGAGAGGUUCAGUCGGUAUUGUUUCCAGGUCUGGAACUUUGACUUACGAAGCUGUUCAUCAGACAACUCAGGUCGGAUUAGGUCAAACUCUCUGUGUUGGAAUCGGCGGCGAUCCUUUCAACGGCACCGAUUUCAUCGACUGUCUAGAAGUUUUCCUCAACGACCCAGAAACAUCAAGCAUUAUUCUCAUCGGAGAAAUUGGAGGUGUGGCCGAGGAACAAGCAGCUGAAUAUCUUUUAAAAAACAACUCUGGCCCCAAUUCUAAGCCAGUAGUUUCAUUCAUUGCCGGUUUGAGUGCACCUCCUGGAAGGAGGAUGGGGCAUGCAGGCGCCAUCAUUUCAGGUGGCAAAGGUGGAGCUCAAGAUAAAAUCAAUGCCCUCGAGAAGGCUGGUGUUGUAGUAACGAAAAGCCCUGCACAAAUGGGUGUCGAGCUAGUCAAAGAAUUGAAAAGGAGGGGCAAAUGAGAAACUUGUGGUCUGAUUAUUUAGUACAACUUAGUAAGUUACGAUAAAAGCAAGAAGUAAAUAAUUUAAAUAAAAAAAAAAACAUCAUGUGGGGUUCAAGUUAACGAGGUUGCAUAAUUUUGUAAGAGAAAUUUUAAGAGAGGUUCAGUAUUUGUGAAAUAAAACACGAUUGAGGGUGUUAACAAGAAAUUAACUAAUUUUACAUUUUGUGCUCUCUUUAUCCUUAAAAUAUUAUGUUUAAAUUUAAUUUUGUUGUUAAUUUUAAACAUGAUUGUAUUUGUAUUGCUCACAAUUUAUUAUUUUUUCCCCACUUGUAAAUGGACAUUUUUAUUUCAUGUUAUAAAAGUAAGGAAAACUUAUUCUUUAAUUUAUCUUUACUGUGUUUUAUUUAUCUUUUGGUUGAUAACAAAAACCCACUUGCCAAAUCCACCAAUGAUUUUUUUUUAAAGAACAAAUAUACAAUUAUCGCUUAAUUAUAAAAAAUGAUUGUUAUAUAUUAGCAUAUUGUUAAUACAUAAAGUUAAGAGAAAAAUAUUGGAUGUUGUUUUUUCUAUUAAAUUGUCAUACAAAUUGUUCAAAUAAAUGUCAGAAAUUAAAGAAAAUAUUGUUGAUUGGAUCUUUGGGAAAAAGAAAAAUCUCUUAACAUCUAAUGUUUUAUAUGCACAUCAAAAUGCUUUUGCUCACACUAAACAUCAUAUGUCAAUAUCACUGAUGACCAUAUGUGAUCAAAAAACUACCAAAUCCUAUAAAUAAAUAUCAGAAAUUCUAUUGUAUUCAAUCAAUUGUUAGGUCCUGUUGUUUUCUAUUUAUAUUAAAAUAUGGAGUUAAAAAAUA